CUUCUCUUUUUGUUGAUAUAUGAGCAGGGAGUCAUUUUUGCCUGUUUAUGCAAUUUGGUCUGGGUUACUGCCUUAGUUCUAACCAACUCGACCCUCCUUCCCAUUUAUCCAUUGGGAAUUAGGAAUUGAUAUAACGUUUUGAGGUUCUAGACUUGUGGGAACUUUUUAAAUAAUCUGGAUCCAUCGGGUCUCUCGGCGAGAACGAACUUUUUGCCAAAGAGAUUAGAGCUACUAUGUGCAGCCAGAAAGGAUAACAGAAUUGCUCAAGGAGCAUUCUGACGAGCUAAUGGCAAUUAUCGCCUCGUCUAGAGAUAUCAUGAGUGUGACGGACUUCUCUCUAAUGAAAUUCCUUGUAGAGGCAAAAUCGGAUAUACAGUUAAUUCUACGAAGGGAGAAUUAUAACUAGAUGAUUGCUACCAAGCAUUUGAAGUUCAGCUUUAUACUAGGUAGAAAAUAUCUCAAGUAGAGUAAAGGGAGCUGGUUGCCAGUUGCCUGGGUUUUAAUGCGAUGUCCUUCUUCAAAAGAACGUGAGGAGCUGUUGAAAAGCAGACUGAUGAGCCAAGACGGAUUAGUACGCAGCCUACUAAGCACCAAGGUGGGUAGGUGAUGGUCUUAUAAAAAUAGUGGGGUUUCUCGGCGAUAUGUUUCUCCAGCCAGUUCUAACCCUAACUCCCCUAACGAGCCCACAGCCGAUUUCUUUAGCGAAAUCUUCUCGCUCUUUUUAUCUAACCACCGAUCAUUGAACACACGAUCGACUCUGAGCAACUGGACCGCCAAAGUUGCCCAUCAUGUCGCUCGUCUCGGGAGAGAAGUCGAACUUCCAGUUCAUUCUCCGUCUUCUCAACACCAAUGUUGACGGAAAGCAGAAGGUUAUGUACGCCUUGACCAAGAUCAAGGGUGUCGGUCGCCGAUACUCUAACUUGGUCUGCAAGAAGGCCGAUGUCGAUCUGAACAAGCGCGCUGGUGAGCUCACCUCCGAAGAGCUUGAGCGAAUCGUCACCAUCCUCCAGAACCCCACCCAGUACAAGAUCCCUACAUGGUUCAUCAACCGACAGCGCGAUAUCGUCGAUGGCAAGGACUCUCACAUCCUUGCUAACGGUGUCGACUCCAAGCUCCGUGAGGAUCUUGAGCGCCUCAAGAAGAUCCGCGCUCACCGUGGUCUCCGACACUACUGGGGUCUCCGUGUCCGUGGUCAGCACACCAAGACCACCGGUCGCCGUGGCAGGACCGUCGGUGUCUCUAAGAAGAAGGGUGGUUAAACUAUUUAUCGGUGUUGGUUACGGGUGGACAGGCGUGACGGCUGGUUUCAUCUUUCUGAGCAUUCUGAGGGUUUUGCUUUCCGGCAUACGCAGCUAUGGCUGUACUCUAGAUCAGAGUCACGAAUCAAAAGCAUUCAAGUAAAAUCUUCAUUAUGGGACAGGGGAGAUGUUUUAUGGCAAAACCAUGUGAAACUAUGGUCAAACGAAGUCCACGAAAGGUCAAAAAUGAAAGGUGUUCGCCAAGGCAAUGGGAAAGAUACCUAAUGAUUCUAGGGAAGGGUAUCAUGAUUUCUUUUUUAAGCU